AUGGGACCCCAGGUGAUCCCUCAACGUCAAGCAUCAUCUCAGCAGCCACCCUCAAUUGGACAACAACUUUCUGAUGCGCCAAUCUCGACAGGCCCACCAGAACGCCCUGACAGACCUGAUCGCCCCGAUCGUCGACACACACAGCGACCCUCUUCACCUGCGACCUUUGGGCCCGGACCUGACCGCCAAGGCUCGUCGACCAAUAUUAGCAUCUCUCAGCAAACCAGCCAGUUGAUGAACCCUCAACUCGGUCAACGACCGCUGACUACCUUUGGAGCACCACCACCACGCGGAGCUAGUGCCGGUUUCCAGAAUGCAGGCGGGGCAGGAAAUCAGUCCACCAACUAUCAAGCGGAGGGUCUCUCUAUUGCUACCAGGCGCCAGACUCUGAAGGACGAUUUCCAAGGUGGAUAUGGAGGCGCUGUGAUUGGAACUGCUAAUGUUUUGAACAGUCCCAACGGUAGCCGCAGGACGAUGCACCAGAUGCCCAUGACCCCGACUUCAGGAGAGGCCAGCCCCUCGCCUUUGCGUGUCAUCAACGUCUCCUCCAGCAGCCCUCCAAUGUCGGCACGACCUCUUCCAAAUGACAGCAACAAUCACAACCACCAGUUUGCGAAUGCAAGUCAUGGUUUGGACGACAAUGCGCCCAUCGAAGAGGAAAUCAACCCUUAUGCCAUGGAGGCCAUCACGACAAGCCCACCUGCACCGCUCAACACCACCCCUCCCCCUCCCAGCGUUAAAACAGCACCUAGUUAUAUCCCACCACCUCCUGGCGCUGCGAACUCUCCUGUGGGUCCCAUCAGCCCAUUGACAACUCCUCCACCAUCCGCCAGCUUCAUGCGCAGCAACCUUCCUCCUCCACCCAGCACUCCUUCUCCCCCCGUGUCAGGAGCGAUUAACAUCCCCGCUGUUGCCGAGAAGAGACCUGGUCAGAUCUUGCCACCCCCAAGCCAGCAGCAGCCUCAACCCCCACAACCUCCAUUAUCAUCGUCAUCAUCCUUGGCGCCAGGAGGAUCGACACCUAUCCCUGGAGUUAUCGAGAGCAGAUCUUCGUCUCCUGGAGCCGGUCGCUUUGUUACUAGGGGAUCUGGUGGGUCCACGUUUGGUUUGGGUAUCGGACCAGCCCCAUCUUCGCCCAUUCCAACGACAGCCGGCGGUGACAUGACCGCACGGACAUCCGCGUCGGAUAUGGCCAAAAUCAAGUCACUCGAAAACCGCGCCGAGGCUGCCCAGGACGAGAAUGAGCAACUGAAGCUCGAGAUUGAAAAAAUGAAGAAGCGCGAGAACUGGCUGGUGACCGAGGUCAUUUUGGCUAGAGACACUUUGCUUUCUUCGGGCAAGAAGGAUCCCACUGUUUCGCAUAAUGCUUCGAUGCAGGCCAAGAGGAUGUCAAUGAUCGAGUUGGAGCAGCAACUUGAUAAUGCUCAGUUGGAGGGUCAGCAGCUCAAGAUCACUAAGGCCUUGAUUCGGGUUAAGGAGGAACUCAAGACCACCAAGAUGGCGAUUGCAACGCAGGCUCAGUCUGCAUCUCUCAAGAUCAAGGAGGCUGAGAGGAUCAGGACCGGUGCCUUGCAGGAGGCGGCGUACUUGAAGGCCAAGCUUUUGUCAAUGUCAAAUGCUCAGCAAGACCCCGAUGCGCUGGCUCGCGUCGAGAUAGAGCGGGCGACCGAUCUGGAGAAGCGUUUGACAAACGCGCUGAACGAGCUCGACACUCUCGAGUCCCAGUAUGCCAAGGUUCAGGAGACUCUGGAGCAGGAGAGAGCUUCUCGUCUUUCAGCCGAGGAGCAGUCGAGUGGUUCUGCCCUCUUGGCCGAACAGGCUCAGUCAGCCCAUACACGCGCUUUGUCCGAGCUUUCUUCCCUCCAUACUAGGGCCGCCAAGGCCGAAUCCGAGUCGAGGGAGUAUGCAACCCAGCUUGCUGAAGUCCAGGCAGGAUUCUCUGGACACCAGUCUCAGUCCUCAGGAUUGCUCCAGAAGGUCACGAGUCUAAAGCAGCAGGUAGAGCAACAUGAGAAGGCUCUUGAGCGAACCCAGAUGGCCUACUCUGCUGCCAAUGAGCGAGCCAUCCGUGCCGAGACUCAGUCCGAGGUUGCUUCAAGCAAGGUUGAGAAAUUGGAGAGCAUGCGAUUCCAGCUCUCGAGUGACGUGGGUCGUUACAAGGGCGAGGCCGAACGGUUGCAGUCCAAGGUCGAGGAACUCGAGACAAGAUGCCAGGUCACCAAGGAUGAGGUCGUGACGCUCCGCAAACUGGUCGAAGAUGGUCUCGGCGCCUUCAACCCCCGUGGCAACCAACGGUCGGCAGAGAGGAAGCAUGACAGCAUCGCUAUCCUGAGCACCGUUUCCAGGGUCUCUGAGCUUGAGCACGAGCUGGGUUCGCUCAAGAGGUUGCAUGCAGCUUCGCAGGAUUCCGCUUCCAGGUCGGCCUCAGAAUUGGCCGAAAAUAUGAUGGAACUCUCUCGUCUCGAGCAGUCAUCGAUGCAGGCCCGUGCAGAGACUAUUUCGCUGCAAAAGAUGUUGUCUCAGGAGCGGGAGGCAUCAUCCGAACUCAGGAGCGAAUUGAUAAGAACCGAGGCCGAGUUGGAGAGCAAGGUUAAGGAACUGGAGGCUCAUGAGGUUCAGCUUGGUCUGCUCAAGAAUGUGAUGCAAGAGAAGGGCAUCAUUGCCGAGGACGUCGUUAACCAUGCUCGAGCUCGCGGUACUGGUGAAUAUGCUGCUACGCUGGAGGAGAAGGUGCGCGAGGCCGAGGAGAGGAUCGGGUCGCUUGAGCAGGACCUGGUCGAUUCGCGUGACUACCAUACCCAGCAGCUUCAGACCUUUGAAGCCCAGCGUCAGGCGACUAUCCAGCACUCAGAGAAGACAGGAAUGUUGCUCCGCAAGCUCAAGGACGAUCUUGCAGCAACGAUGCGGGAGAAGGACGACGUCGAGCAGGAGUUGAACCAGUUGCAGCAGGAGCACUCCCAUUGCCACGAAAAGGCCCUCGCGUACUCCAACUCGCAGAAGGGUCAGAAGGCCCAGGACGACGAGCGUGUUCAGAUGCUUCAAAUGCAUUGGGACGAAGAGCGCCGGGAGUUGACUCAACAGACGAAUGAUGUCCAGAACCGUCUGAUGGAGGCUGAGUUGCUCGCUGCAGAGCUCUCUCAGAAGGUGAUCUCGAUCACCGAGCGCUUGGAGGAGGUCGAGGGUCUCAACGAGUCCAUGUCGGAGGAGCUCGAGUCGAUGCAAGAUCAGGCCGAGGCGAUCAAGGUCAAGGCCACGCAGAAGGAGGCUCAACUCAAGGCCGAUGUCGAACGUCUCGUCAGCGAGAUCCACCAGACCCAGGAGGAGCUCCACAGCAAGCAGCAGGAGCUCGAGGAGACUGUCGAGAUGAACGAGCAGCUCGAGACCCAACUCGACCGGGCUCUUCAAGCUCAGGCUGCUGCCGCCGCCGCGCCUACCAGCAACUCUAAUAUGUCCCAGGAAGCCCAGAGGAAGUUGGAGCAACAGCGUCAGGAUCUGGAGCAGCGUUUGAAGAAGGCUCAGGAGACCAUCCACGUCUUGGAAGGUGACAACUCGGUCUUAGAGGCAAGACUCUCGGACUCUGAAAAGAAGGUCGCCUUGCUAUUGGAAGACAUGCAAAGCAACGUCUCCAACCCCAACUCUCCCUUCAACUCUACCAACCUCACCAACAACCUUGCCAGCGUGUUGAGCACUCAACAGCAAAAACAGCAGCAAGGUACACCUGUCUCGAUUGCCUCCCCUGUGGCCAGCGCCUACCGCUUAGCCGCUGGCAGUGUCACCAAGAACCAUAGCAGUGUCAGUAGCAGCCCUGCCAAUGCUCCUUCCAGCUCGCCCCUAAGGAAGACCCCUACCGCCAACCAGGGCUACAUGUCGUACAACCACGAUUAUGAGGACUCGACUCUGAACCUGCAGAAACAACACCACCAUCAACAGCAGCUUCAUGCGGAUGAGGACAGCGACGACGAUGUCCAAUAUGGCCAUGCAAGCUAUAACCACUACGGUAACAUGAGCACCAAAGGACAGCAACAGCAGCAGCAGGGUCAGAAAGAGACUAGCUCUCGCCGGGACUCUGUCGAUUCCAUCACACGGGAGCUCGAGUUGUUGAAGGUUCCAUGGAACAGCACCAAGCCCGCGACCAGUCUUCGCGGAUUUGGGGGAGCAGCCUCAGUAGCAUCGUCCCUUUCCGCCUCACCCGCGGCAUCCUUGCCUCCACCCCCUCAACAACAACCCCCUCAGCGCCACCAGAGUCCUGUGGCCCCCCUCUCCCAGAGCCAUCAGCCACAGCAACAGAGCUAUUCCUACGGAGCAGGAGCAGGAGGACAUAGCCAAGACAUGCACACCGGCAACCAAUACUAUGGCUACGGCGAAGAUGAGGACGACAGCAGCGAUGGCGACAAUGAGGAGGAGUACUUGAAUCAUCUCCGUCAGCAACAAGAACAGCAACAGCACCAGCAACACCAGAAGCAGCAAAAGCAGCCACCGCACGAUACCCACAGUUUUAACGAUAGAAGCCCCUCGCGGUUGAAGGAGUACGAGCAGAUGAUUGACGAGAUUGAGAAUGCUCGGAUGCAUUAA